CAAAACGAAAAGCUCCAUUAGCCAAGGUGAACGAACGUGCGGCUAUGCUGCUCCGUCGCACCCAGUCUCUACGUAGGCCCAUUCAGCGGUGUAUAUCAACCCGACCAAGUGGCAAUGGAGUUUCUGAGCCGCGCCAGUAUGUGAGUUUGUACAACUACGCGACGUUAGAAGAGAGUGAGCUGCCAAAACUGCGUCGUCGACUGCUGGGAGGCUGGAAAGCGCUGGGCGUGACUGGCAGAAUCUACUUGUCCCCAGAAGGGAUCAAUGGCCAAUUAGUGCUGCCUCAGAACAACGCAUCGGCGCUGGCUAUAUCGUUUCCUCAUAUCUUCACAAGCAAGAACAUAUUUUACGGACAUUUGUUGCCAGCGUUGGAGGAGUCUGAGGUGGAUCACCUACCAUUCUCCCAGUUAACGGUGAAGAUCCGGAAGCAAUUAGUUCACGAUGGAUUCGAGGGAGGACCGCUGGAUCUACAGGAGUCGGGCUAUUCAUUGCCGCCUGAGCUGUGGCAUCAGAAGCUCCUGGAGAGGAACGAAAUGGACGACUCGAGCACACUAGUGCUGGAUGUACGCAACUUCUACGAGCACGAGAUUGGACGCUUUGACGGAGCCACGAGGAUCAUGGUCGACACUUUCAGAGAUACAUUCGAUGCUCUGGAUGAGAUCCUCGACCAGCACGAGAAGGAACACGAUGGACAGAAACCCAAGGAGGUCAUGAUGUACUGCACCGGAGGUAUUCGCUGUGAGAAGGUUGGCGCGUAUCUGACCCAGUACAAGGGCAUCUCGAACGUGCAGAAACUUCACGGCGGUAUCGUGAACUACAUGCGGUUUCUGAAGGAGCAACGUCAGGCUGCAAUGGAUGCGCGUGGUCACUCGGAUGAUGCAGUAGAAGAGGAGUUUUCUCUGUUCAAGGGCAAGAAUUUCGUGUUUGAUCAGCGAUGCGUAGGUGAGUUGACAGAGUCAGAGGAGGUGACAGACGACGUACUAGGCCGGUGCUCUCAAUGUGGUGAAUCGUGCAACCACCACAUCAACUGCAGUAACGUCAUGUGUGGAGGUUUGAUCUUGCAAUGCUCGAAAUGUGCAAGCAAUUUUUUGGGAGCGUGCAGUGAAGCAUGCAAGCAAGAAUUUAUUAAGAUGAACGCGAUGACAAUGAAGCAGCAAAAAGAAUACCGCAAGCAGCAAGCAACACGAUGGAUGCCUCCGAUUCCGAACGCGUUGUCCAAACACGUCAGCAAGCGAUCAAGAGCUAGAAAUCUGCACGCUCGCCACUUCACUAUUUCACGGUCUCUCAACAAGAGCAUCGACGACACUGAGCUUCAGAACCGCUACGUCUACAAUCAAAGUAGUGCUCUCACCGAUGAUGAAUUGCUCCGAAAGUUACGUGAAGAGACGACACGGACGUGGCCGAAGGCGGAGCAGCUCGUUGAUGAGAUGCAGGGCAAACUUCUCUCCUUCCUCGUGCAAACGACUCAGGCCCAGCGCGUGUUGGAGAUCGGCUGCUUCACCGGUUACUCGGCUCUAUGUCUUGCCAACGGUUUGGCCUUCGACGGAUCCCUCGUUACUUGCGAUAUCGACGCUGCGACUAUGCAAUUCGCCCAAACUUUCUUCGACCAGAGCUUACGUGCCAGUCAAAUCACCGCUGUGAAUCAAGACGGUCUGGAAUAUCUGAGCUCGCUACCUGAUCAGCAUCAAUUCGACUUUAUCUUCGUGGACGCCAAUAAGCGCAAGUAUCGCGCAUAUUACGACUUUAUCCUGGAGCACAAUCUGCUGCAUCCAUCAGGACUGCUAGUCUUUGACAACACCUUGUUCAGAGGUCGCGUUGCUGCCUUCGCAGGCGGGUUGUCAAGCAAUAAGGAGCGGAUCGCACGUAGCCUCGCGGAAUUCAACAGUUACGUGACUCAAGACCCACGAACAUCGCAGGUGGUUAUGCCGCUUUGGGACGGACUCACGCUGGUCCGUUUGAGAUAACAGCCUGGAAUUAGAGCUUUUUUCACCGAGCAGAAGACGUAACGAAUUCGUUGCAUUAGAUUGUGUGGGAUAAGCGAGCAAUAGAUUAAUAAUUUACAGCUUGGAUUGGUG